AUGGCGCGGACAGCGGCCGCACGCAGCACUGCGGUGGCCGCAGAAGGGCCCGCCGCCGCGGAAUGCGGGAAUGGCAGCAGCAGUUGUGGAGGGGCCUGCUUCAUAAGGACGGCGCGGGGCGUCAGGGCAGUGACCCACAGCGGUGUGUUGCCCCCGCAAGAGGCGGCAGCACCAGAGGCGCGGAUUAAUGCGAGCUUGGGGUCGACCUGCACCAGUGGCGUGCGGGGCACGUUCGAGGCCGCCUCAAGGUUCAACUCUCACAGCGGCGGCAUCCUGCUGGCAGCGUCCCUGCGGCAGGAGCCGCAGGGAACCGCCGUCCAGCCGCGGCGGCAGCCGUUUGAUGAGUGGCUGAAGGGCAGGCCCGACGCCUGCGCGAGUGGCGCCAGUGGCGCAGGCGCCACAGCGAGCAGCUGCCGCGGCCGGCAGGGCCCCCAACCGCCGGCCGCGGCCGCCGUCCGCCACACCUCGGCGCUGCAGCGGCUGCGCGACUCUGUCCGAAGCGACGACGAGCGGCGGCCGCCGUUCCUCGUCAACUUUCACCCGCUCAUGCCGGGUGAUGAGGACCGUUUUGAGAGCCUGGGGCAGGUCUUGGAUCUGCGUGGCCCAGGCAUCCACCAAAAAUGA